AUGGCAAAAUUCAAAUUUCACAUGAAAUCAUUCUCUUCGUCGAACACCGAAACAGAUACCCAGGACAGCAUUCCAGAACUGCCUCAGAAGGAGCAACGUACACCAAGAGAAUAUUUCGUCAGCCUUCGAGACAGGAGCUUUUUUACUCUUCGCCGAACCCAAAGCCAGAGGAACGUGACGAUAAAUACUACCAAAGGAAGUUCUCCGUUUACUUUCUCAGCUAGAUCGAGAGGAAACGCCUCUCCGAAAACUCCCCAGUUUGGAUCUUUGUUUGGGCCAAAGGCGCCCCCUCGCUCAGAGAACAAUCGCCAUCACCGUCAGUACGCUGUCAGCCUUUCGCAUUUAUCUAGGAUGCAAGGGGUGGCGCUACAUGAUGAGCCAAGCGCCUCUCUAGACCCGGAAUCACCGUCAGAAUUGACGCGGCUACGCAGACUCAAUCCGCGCAGGACAAAGAGUCCAAAGGUCCCGCCUGUCAUUAUCACCGCUCCCAGUGGAGAAGCACUCGGCCUCGAAGAAAUACGAGAACCAUCCCUCAAAGAUGACAUCGUGGCUCACUUCAGGCCAAUCCCCCCGUUGGAUUUAAAGACGCCCCCGUCGUACAGAUCUAGAGAACACAGCACGGUAAUUAACGGAGUUUUACCAGAGAUUACAUCGACGAGCAAAGAUGACAUAAGCUUUGAAGCUGCCCGAAGACAGGACGCCAUGAGCGGGCUCCAUCGCAUAGCCGAAAUUCUCCAAGGCGCAGCCAGAAGCCUGGAUGGCGACCCAGCAUUCUCCAGGGCCAUGGUAUUUCGUUACUUGGCGCCUUUGGUUUCAUUCAUCAGCGUUUUGAUCCUCGGUAUCGUUAUACCGAGAUACUUUUCCAUUAUAAAGGACGUAUUUGGUGUCGCCACUAGCCUGCUUGUGCCCACCAUCGCGCUAGUGGCGAUUGGCUUUUCUUUGGUAAUGUUGGAGGGAUGCCUGAGGGUCGCAUGCAAGCUAUGCCAGUCAUUUUGCGAGUUGGAUUUGGACGCAGUUUUCAGAAAAAAUGAGAUACAAGAUACAAAUGGCAAGAGUAUUGGAGGUUUAGAUCUAGUUGCUGGUAUUUUUGCCGCAGACGAUUGA